GUUUCGAAUUCAGUUUUCAAUGAACCAUUAAAUCAAAAACAUAACAUAAAAGUGUUCUUCACAAGUUUUCAAAGCCACAAUUAAGCCUUCGAGAAUUCGAAACGAGAACAGGAAAAUAUUUGUUUUAACAAACUGUGCAUAACUUGGAACAUUUUCAGUGGGUAGGUUAAAUUUACAAGUGCCGUGUACGGACAGUAAAUAAAAUGAAGGUUCUAUUCCUUUUAUCGGCCGUGUUGGCCGUUUUCGGAUCUGAGGAAAAGAAGGAUGCUGAUAUUGGGACUGUGAUUGGUAUUGAUCUAGGAACCACCUAUUCUUGUGUUGGAGUGUUUAAGAACGGCAGAGUUGAGAUUAUUGCCAACGACCAGGGAAACAGAAUCACACCCAGCUACGUGGCAUUUACAGCCGACGGAGAAAGAUUGAUUGGAGAUGCUGCCAAGAAUCAGCUGACAACUAACCCUGAGAACACUGUGUUCGACGCUAAGCGACUGAUUGGUCGUGACUGGUCUGACAAAACUGUCGCCAGCGACAUGAAAUAUUUCCCCUUCAAGCUUGUUGAGAAGAAUGCUAAGCCGCAUAUUCAGGUUGAGACUAGCCAGGGACAGAAAACAUUCGCCGCAGAGGAAAUCUCCGCCAUGGUGCUGACUAAGAUGAAGGAAACCGCCGAGGCGUAUCUUGGCAAGAAGGUCACCCACGCCGUUGUCACCGUCCCCGCCUACUUUAACGAUGCCCAGAGACAGGCUACAAAGGAUGCCGGAGUCAUUGCUGGUCUUAAUGUUAUGAGGAUUAUCAACGAACCUACCGCCGCUGCCAUUGCUUACGGUAUGGACAAGAAGGAUGGAGAGAAGAAUGUUCUUGUUUUCGAUCUUGGAGGUGGUACCUUUGAUGUCUCUCUGCUUACAAUUGACAACGGAGUUUUUGAGGUCGUCUCUACCAACGGAGAUACUCAUCUUGGAGGAGAAGAUUUCGACCAGAGGGUCAUGGAGCACUUCAUCAAGCUGUACAAGAAGAAGAAGGGCAAGGAUCUCAGAAAGGACGUGCGAGCUGUUCAGAAGCUGAGACGUGAAGUUGAGAAGGCCAAGAGAGCACUGUCCGCCGCUCACCAGGUUCGUGUUGAGGUUGAAUCUCUGAUUGAUGGAGAGGAUUUCUCAGAGACUCUGACCAGAGCUAAAUUUGAAGAACUUAACAUGGAUCUGUUCCGUGGAACCCUCAAACCCGUCCAGAAGGUUCUAGAAGAUGCUGAUCUUAGUAAGAAGGAUAUUGACGAGAUUGUUCUUGUUGGAGGUUCAACUCGUAUCCCCAAGAUCCAGGCUCUUGUCAAGGAGUUCUUCAAUGGAAAGGAACCCUCCAGAGGAAUCAACCCUGAUGAAGCUGUUGCCUAUGGAGCUGCUGUCCAGGCUGGAGUCCUCUCUGGAGAACAGGAUACUGGAGAUCUAGUCCUGCUCGACGUUAACCCACUGACCCUUGGUAUUGAAACUGUCGGAGGAGUGAUGACCAAGUUGAUCUCCAGGAACACUGUUAUUCCCACCAAGAAGUCCCAGAUUUUCUCCACUGCUGCUGAUAAUCAGAACACUGUCACCAUCCAGGUUUUUGAGGGAGAGCGUCCCAUGACCAAGGACAACCAUCAGCUUGGUAAAUUUGAUCUGACAAACAUCCCCCCAGCACCCAGAGGAGUUCCCCAGAUCGAGGUCACCUUCGAGAUCGACGCCAAUGGUAUCCUCCAGGUGUCUGCUGAGGACAAGGGAACUGGAAACAAGGAGAAAAUUACCAUCACCAACGACCAGAACAGACUCACCCCCGAGGACAUCGAGAGGAUGAUUAAUGAUGCUGAGAAGUUUGCUGAUGAGGACGCUAAGCUCAAGGGACGUGUUGAGGCUAGGAACGAGCUCGAGAGCUACGCUUACAGUCUUAAGAACCAGAUCGCUGAUAAGGAAAAGCUUGGUGGUAAACUGAGUGAUGACGAGAAGGAGAAGAUUGAAGAGAUCUUGACUGAGAAGAUCGCUUGGUUGGAGGAGAACCAGGAGGCUGAUGCCGAGGAGCUGAAGGCUCAGAAGAAGGAGAUGGAGGAUAUUAUUCAACCUAUUAUUGCUAAACUGUACCAGGGUGCUGGUGGAGCUCCCCCCGGCGGUGAAGAGGGAGGAGAGGAGGAUGAGGACCUCAAGGAUGAAUUGUAAUCUCAUCUCAUCCCAUCCCUCGCCCCUAUAGACAUUUAAUUAAUAGCGGCGGGGCGGUACAAGGCUGUUAAAAGUGAGAUCACGUGACCAGAGAAAUCUGUGAACUACGGUUUGCAUAAAAUCCACUAAGUUCGUGGAAAAAUCCGCGCAUUCCGAGCACUCAUGACCUUAAGAACCCAAGGUCUUGAAUGAAAUGUAAACCAAUGAAUGAUAUGAAUGUAAAUCCAUAUUUAUUAUUUGUUGAUAAGUUUUGUGAUAUGAAUAAAUCUUCUGUUAGGUUUUAAUAAAAACUUUUAAAUUAGUUA